UUCGUGUGUCUGUUGUCCAGCCUCUGCUCACAGCCGGUCCACCAAACAUGGCACCGAAAGACCCUCUACUCGGUACUCUCAGAGUGUGUGUCCUGAACCUGCAGUCAGAUGGAGGGAUUGUGUCAGACACCAACCCUCACCUCGCCUCCUGCUGUGAGCUUCUGGAGCUGGUCCUCAGGAAGGGGCUCCAACAACCAGUUCUCAGUCUAGUACACAGAGACUACUGGCAGUGUUUUGAACAGCUUACUCGCCAAGAUGCCUGUGGCAGGCCGUCUGCCUUGUCCUUGGUGGUUGAGCAGACCAGAGUUUGCAGGAAGCUGCUCUCAGCUCAGGGCCGGGGCCGCUACCUGCUCAGACUGGCCCUCAGCCGAAAGGCUCUGCCGCAGUUCAUCACACACCUGCUGCACACACCCAGAGUCCUGGAGUGGUACAGCCUGGAAAUGUCAAUCCUCAGGAAUGAAGAAUUUGUGGAGCCUUUCAUGUCGCUGCUGCUGGUCCUCUCUCACAUGGAGUUCAAACUGGACAUGGGGAAUUGCAGUUUUCUGGACGAGAGCUGGAUUCUACCGGUGUGUGAGACGUAUGAAGUGGUGCCCUGUCGGGAGCUAGGGUUGGUUUUGAGAUAUCUCAGUGGGCGCGUCUUCGUCCUCGACCUGAUGCCCGGUAGUCAGGCGCAUGUCGACAAGUUUAUCUGUCCUGGUGACAUCAUUGAUGAGAUCAACGGAACGUCGCUGAGGAAUUCAAAGAAUCAUCAGGCAGGUGUGGUUCUUUCCCGGCUGAAGGGCUGCCCUCUCUCCAUCAGUGUUGUGCGGUGGAGGGCUCAGGAUGGGACGGUGUAUCUGCCCCUUAUAAAGCUCCUGCGGGCACUGAGGAUGGAGAAUCCCGCCCUACAGCUUGGUCCUGCUCCCUCACAGCAGCCAGGCACAAAGGACCAGAGAACCUCUCCAUCACAGUGUCUCAAAGAGGGAAGGAUUGUUCAUAUUGUGCAGUUCUUGGGAAAAGCAAACAUAGGAAUGUUUGGGGGCAAAGAGGUGCUACAGCACGCCAUUACACAAGUGUUGCAGAAAAACCUGCCCAGCAAGGAAGUACUCUUAGAUAUGAAGGAAACACAUUUGACAUGCACAGACAGAAACAGUAAAUUGGAGCUAUUUGAGCACCACUAUCCAGAGAUUUCAUGUGUGGGGAGAUUUGGGCAACAGGACUACACAAUAUUUGCAUUCUGCGUGGCAGACUCCCCAGAAACCCCUCAGUCCACAGGCUUCUGCUGCAUUGCAUUAAGAGCAAGCACUACCAGGGAGUGUGAAGAGAUGGUCUACCGUAUCGGUGAGGAAUCGCAGUUCUGCACAGGGGCAAUUUGUUACAUGCAUUUUAUCAGACAUUAAUUGUCCAUGUUGUGUUUUCUUACAGCUACUGGCUUCAAGCAUACAGAGUGGUUUGUAUGACAACUCAGUGAAGUCAAGAU